UCAGAAGAGGAAGAGGAAGAGGAAAAAGGAAGAGGAGCACGCUCACUGAACCCGUGCGCUCUGCUCCAUCUCCGCGCUCCACUGUCAAAUCACGGCGUCGCCACACUCUCCCCUGACGCCCCUCACCAUACCGUCCGGACCAUGGCCACAGACGAACUCUCCUCCAAGCUAAACCGGCGGCUGCUGAUCGAGGACGGGGCCGCGGACCCGGUGGCCGUGGACCUGGAGCCCAACGACGGCGACCAGGCGGAGGAGGACAAGCCCUGCACCGGGAGCGCGGACUCGGAGCUGGGGGCCAAACUGCAGCGGCGCGGGGAGCUGAACGAGGGCCGCGGAGAGGUGCACAUGAGCAAAGUGUUCAACCCCUACACCGAAUUCAAAGAGUUCUCCCGCAAACAGAUCAAAGACAUGGAGAAGAUGUUCAAGACGUUUGACGCAGGCAAAGACAACUACAUUGACUUGAUGGAGCUGAAAUUGAUGAUGGAGAAGCUGGGAGCUCCUCAGACUCACCUGGGCCUGAAGAACAUGAUCAAAGAGGUGGACGAGGACCUGGACAACAAGCUGAGCUUCAGAGAGUUCCUGCUCAUCUUCAGGAAGGCGGCUGCGGGUGAGCUGGCACAGGAUAGCGGCCUGGACAUCCUUGCCCGUCUGUCUGAGAUUGAUGUUUCUGCAGAGGGGGUGAAGGGAGCCAAAACCUUCUUUGAAGCCAAAGUCCAGGCCAUCAGCGAGUCAAACCGCUUUGAGGCAGAAAUCCGACAGGAGCAAGAGUCCAAGAAGCAGCAGGCCGAGGAGCAGAAGCAGAGACGGGCUGCCUUCAAAGAACUCCAGUCUGCCUUCAAGUGAGGAACUAGGGCCCUCCUCCAAGCCCCGACCCUCAGGCUGCAUGUACUCUGUCCAGACAAUCAUGGUUCUUCUGGUAAUACUAGGGCUUCACAACAAUAUGAUAUUCAGGACUGUAAUAUUUUAAUACUAAACUAACUUUUUAAGACAAUAAUUUCACAAAAAGUUCUUUACUAGCCAAACUCUGUCAAACUAAAACUUAACUGAGACAAAACCUAAAAACUAAGUCGAGGCGAACCUUGGACUUGAUAAGGAAAUACCUGAAAGAAAAAAAACAGUUUUAAAAUAUUUUAGUAAGAAGCGUCCAUUUCUGCCAGAUAAGGAGGUUUUAUUGUGAUGUAUUUAGUUAUGAUAUCAGUACUAUUGCAACAUAUGGUGCAGCCCUAGCUAAUGCCACCUUUUCUUUAUUAUUUUUCUAACUUUGGUACAAUCACUAAAGAGCAUUUUUUGUAGUAUUCCAUAGUGUUAGACAAACCCUCUUUUUCUACAAGGGUGAAUAACAUAAGGGAAAGACCGGGAGAGGAGACCGGUCUUUUGAGCACUUUUGAAGCCAAAUGAAUCCGUGGGCACAUAUAUAUAGUGUUGAUCAAAUCAUUCCAAUGUGAACAUUCCAGGAUCUGCUGUAUUUUCCUCACACGUCACGCAUUAGGGUUUUCCUGAUGAAUAUGUAAAAACUCCCAGUCAAAAGUUUUGACACACUUUUUCAUUUAAAGUGCCCAUAUUGCGCCAAUUUCUGAUCUCUUAUAAUGUUGUUUCCUCACCAGAAAUAAAGUCUGUGAGUUCUUGUCUCAAACUGAAAACGCUCUGUUCCACCUUGUGAUGUGAUGUGGUGAUACAGGAAGUGCGCCAUUGUGUUUUUAAACUCCAUACUCCUUCACUAGAAAUAUUUGGAUAAUUUUAGCUCUGGAACUGCCCAUUUCUAUUGAACAAAAGGUAAAUGCUAACUGUUAUUUUUAAAAUUACCACUACAUGAUAUCACAAGGUUGAACAGAGCAUUUUGAGCUUUGGAGAUGUGGACAGACUAAUAAGUGUACUCAAAUGUGUGAAUGAAACAAAAUACAACUCUGGGUAUGUUUUUGAUGAGGUAACAUUAUAACAUGAGUUAAAGCUCAUACGGAUCCAUUUUAUCCUUUUUAAUGUUUUUUCAUUACUAUUUACAGUGUAGAUUCUCACUGAAGGCAUCAUAACCAUGGAUGAACACCUAUAGAAUGUAGUAACCAAAAAGAUGUGAAAUUACUCCAAAGAUGUUUUAGAUUUUAGAUUCCUGAAUGUAACCUUUACCCUUUGCUUUGAUAACUGCUUGGCACAGCUGUGAAGUGAAAACCAUUUCAGGAGAUUUCAUCUUAAAGCUUACUGAGAGAAGACCAAGGUUUUCUAGCGCUGUCGACAAAGACAGUGGUUCCUAGUUUGAGGAAUUAGGAGUUGUUUAACAUUUUUGCUACAUAAUUCCAUACAUCUUGCUUCAUAUAUUAUAUAUUAUCUUCAGUAUGUAUCUACAAUCAGUUGACAUUUGAAUGAGAAGAUGUAUCCAAACUUUUGACUGGCCGUGUAUUUAGUCAUUUUCUUUACUCUAAAUGACGUCACUCAAUCUUUCUCUGGGUGAAAGUUUGUACGUAUCUCAUGUUCACAUGCCUUUCAUGAGCUAAACAGCUAACAAGUUAUUCAAAAGAAUAACUGCCAGAUUAAUCGAUUACCACAACAGUUGCUAGUUCAGCUCUACUUGUAAUUUUGAGUUUAACCAGUCCAGUCGAAUUAACAUUUAGAACAAUACUGAAAUCUGAAUGCUCAAACAAAUACAAAACCCCCAUGCCUAUUUAUGACCAAAUUCAUUGCAGCCUAUGCAUAUUACAUUCCUACUGUUUAAAGCAGCUUUUUUGCAGUGCACUAGCAAACACAAUUAUUUUGUCAAAUUUGAAUACAUUUUAGACCAAAGAUGGCAUUCACAAUUUCACAUUUGAGCCUUAUCUGAUUAAUAGAAGAAUACAAUGAUUGUCAUUUUUGUCAACUUAAUUAAUAAGCAAACUAAUGUCUAAUAGAUUACCAAAUUCCAAAUAAAAUUUGGCAUAUGGUGAUCACAUGUUUUUCAAUGGCAUAAAAAUACAAAAUUACAAAUACCAACUCUGCAAAUGACAAAAAUUAAAAUUUUAAUUCAUAAUCCUGUUUAUAUUGUUACUACCUACUGUGAACCUAAUGGUAUUGAUGAGUUGGUUAUCCAAAAUACUGAGCUAUAAAACAAUUCCACUUAAAUUUUGAUGAGUAUUAAUAUAAUACACACUUGUCUUUAUUUUGCUGUAUGUUUUAACCAUCACUUGUUGUUAAUGUGAUAUUCAGUAUGACACGUUUAAUAAUAUGAAUGACACAAGAUCAUUUUGUAGUAUUGGUGGGUGGGGGACAAAGUCAUAUAUCUGAUUUCUAAAGAUUAAGAUUUGUACUGUUUUAUAAUAUACAUUUGAAAUAAAUAUUUU